UUGCAAGUCGGGCCUGCCUUCGUGCGAUCGUGCGUGCGAUCCUACGCUAUAGGCAUUGUUUUAAUAUUUGUUACGCGAUCCGCUCGUAAUACCAGUAUACCAUAGUUAAAAAUUGUUCGAUUGGACGAGAUAGUUUCGCCCUGAGUCGAGACUUUAUAAGUUGUCACAAUGAAAGUGUGACGAAAUGGUGAAACCCAAGUGCUAUUUAAUAAACAACAACGCUGCAUAAAGUAAUAAUGAAUCAAUAUCGUAGAAGAACCAAGUGGGAGGACGCGAUCAUCCAGAGCUUCCUUAAAUUCCUUCGGGCGACGAAGGCGUUUUUGGACGCAUUGAGUGAAUCGGGGGCGGCGUGUGUGUCGCGAGCCACAGCGAUCAAAUUCUUGCUCGCGCGGAAGUUCGAUGUGGCGCGUGCGCACGCUUUGUGGCGACAACACGAAGCCACACGACGCCGCGAGGGCCUCAACAAAUUCGAGCCAUUUGAAGAUCCACUCAAGUCUGAACUAGAAACAGGGAAAUUUACUAUACUGCCAACGCGAGAUGCGACCGGUGCUGCCAUCGCGGUUUUCACCGCGAACAAACAUUUUCCUACGCAGACUACGCAUCAGAUAACAUUACAGGGUGUGGUGUACCAGUUGGACGUGGCACUGCAGUCGGUGGAGACGCAGCGCGCCGGCCUCGUCUUCAUAUACGACAUGACCGACUCCAAGUACACCAACUUUGAUUACGAGCUCUCUCAGAAAAUACUCACCAUGCUGAAGGGCGGUUACCCAGCGAAGCUGAAGAAGGUUUUGAUAGUGACGGCCCCGCUGUGGUUCAAGGCACCGUUUCGGAUCCUACGGCUGUUUGUCCGAGAGAAGCUACGUGAGCGCGUGCACACUGUGAACGCGCCUCAGCUAGGCCUGCACGUGCCGCGCUCCAGCCUGCCCAAGCAACUUGGUGGCCUGCACGAACCAGACCACGCUGCCUGGUUGGAGCACUGCAAGAAUUGUUACACGAACAAUUUGCAGAACGCUAAACUAGACGGCGCCAUCGAUGAAUAUGUAAUCAGUAAUCACAUACCACCUAUCAGCGCGCAAAAUGGUAUAAUCGAGCACGAGGGUGACAUGAGCAGCGACCGCGCGCCGCGCCUCGACACCAACACAGACAUGCACAUCAGCGGCGACCCCCCGUACACCUGCGACCCCAGCCCGCUCAGGCACACCCAUGGGUAUAAUGGUGAUAUGAAGAGCAGGCACAUAAACUCAGGGGACGAAGAUGAUAUGGACAUAAGCACGCGCGGUACAUGGUCGUCGGGCGAGGUGUCCCCGGGGCUGUCGGACGAGGAGGGCGGCGGCGGCGGCGCGGGCGAGACGCCGCAGGCGCUGCUGCAGCGCGUGCGGGCGCUCGGCCGCCGCGGGCUCGCCGCCGAGUACGACGACAUACGCUCGCGCCCGCCGCUCGGCACCUUCCAUCAUGCCAAAUUGCCGAGUAAUCUAGCCAAAAAUCGUUACACGGACGUGCUAUGCUACGACCACUCGCGCGUGUUACUGUCGCAGGCAGACCCGGAGGACCCCACCACAGACUAUAUCAACGCCAACUACGUCGACGGAUACAAACAGAAGAAUGCUUACAUCUGUACGCAAGGUCCGUUGCCGAAGACGUUCAGCGACUUCUGGCGCAUGGUGUGGGAGCAGGGCACGCUGGUGAUCGUGAUGACGACGCGCGCCGUGGAGCGCGGCCGCGUCAAGUGCGGCCAGUACUGGCCGCUGCAGGACGGGCAACACGUCGUCUACGGGGACUUCGCCGUCACCACGCAGGCCGUCGAGCACGAGGAGGACUACACCGUCACGCAUCUACUGCUCAGCGACCUUAAGCGCGGCGGGUCCCGUCGCAUCUGGCACGGGCAGUACACGCGCUGGCCGGACUACGGCGUGCCGGGCGGCGGCAGCGCGGCGCCCGUGCUGCGCUUCCUGGCACGCACGCGACGGGCCCAGGCACUCGCGCUGCACGACCUCGACCACGCCUGGGCAGGGCACAAGCAGGGACCGCCCAUCGUCGUACACUGCUCCGCCGGCAUCGGACGGACUGGCACGUUCCUGACGUUGGAUAUAUGCGCGCAGCGUCUGAGCGCGGAGGGAGUCCUGGACGUGCGCGGUACCGUGGAGCGCAUCCGAUCCCAGCGCGCGCACUCCAUACAGAUGCCCGACCAAUAUGUCUUCUGCCAUCUCGCGCUGCUCGAGUACGCGGUGAUGCAGGGCUACCUAGACUCUGCCGACCUGACGGGAUUCGACGAAGACAACGAGGAGGAGUCGGAAUGAAGACUGUCUCGUCCGUCCUGCGCCCUACUCUAGCGCACACAGACUGUUGUACCGAGAGUACCCAGUGUACCGGUGUACCAGUGUACCAGUGUAUAGUGUACGAGUGUACAGUGAGUGCAGUGUACCGUGUGACGUCACUCCGCCAGUGAUACAGUGCGACUGCCGCUAUCCGCACAUAGCUUAAGAAAUAUAAACAUUGAAACAAAAACGUUCCUCUAGCAAGAAUAAGAACUGAAAUAAACCUGGUAAUGGGAAGGAAGCCUACACAAGUAUUUAUUUGCAUAUUAUAAAUCUUCGUAACCAAAAAUAUUUCCACGAUUAUUUAGAUAUUUAAUAUUUAUUUAUACGAUGUAAGGAGUUAUGGCUGUGUGAAGUUUUGUCUGUAACUUAUGUAGUUAUGUUUAUUUUAUUGCAAUAAAUUAUUUUGAUGUAAUUGCCAUACAAACAUUAUAUUUAAAUGUGACCGUUGAAUUCGCAGUUUCGCACGAUUUGAUAUACGUUGAGGUGCUGGUAGGCUUAAAACGUUGAUUCAUGUUAAUCAUUUAUAUAUUUCAUUCGCGAGUUGUCGCAUAAUGAUGUGUAUUAUACAUUUUUAUAAUCGUCGACGCUCACGUCGAGCUAUUGUAUGAAUUUAUGAUAAUGCACUGAAGCAUCUAGACGUCGUUACGAAUUAUUAUAAAUUAUUAUAUAAUAAAUAAGUUUAGUCGCAGAAUGUCCGCUUUGCUCUUUGUUUUAUAGUAUAAUACCUUGUAUGUAAUGUACCGUGGUCAGGUUUUGGGGUAAGGAUGGUGGGGUAAGUUCGCACAUUGUAUUUUCACACAUAUAAAAUUCACAUCAUUUCUCAUUUUAGCUUUUAACACAAAUUCGUUUUCUUAUUCUUUCGUUAACUUACUUCCUAUACUUCUUAUAAUAAAACAAUGCAAUGCAUUACAAAAUGCGAUCCUAAUUUCCAAGGCAAAAGGGUGAAGUCCAGUCUAAUAUACAGCUAUGUGAACGAUCGACUUACUACCGGCGGGAGACUGAAUACGUAAAUGUAGAAUAAAAUAUAUACGCCAAUAUUGGACAUUUGCCACUGCUUUACAUUUGUUAAGUGGACACUCUGCGACUAGACAAUAUAAAUUUUACAUAGACUGAGUAAUGUUAAUAUGUUCUAAAAGUUUACAUGCGGCCCGUCGUACUAGCGUAAAUUUAUAAUUACCUUCAUGUUGAAUUCUUAGUUUCUUAUUUGUUCUAUAAUAUGUAUACCUGAUGUAAAAAUCAAAUAUAAACAAUAGAUGGAAAGUAAAGUAUUUUCAUGUCACAAGACAGCAUAUUUAUUUUUAAUAGAAAGCAUAGCGACAUAUCUAAUGACAGAUGUAUAUAUUCGGAAUCGCCGUCCUGUUACGUAACGUACAUAUCGCAGUAGACGUGUUUUGUUUGCUCCCCGUGGCCACUUCCUGCAAUGAAUCUCUCGCGCCCUCUCCCGUGCUAGCAGUGUGUUGCUCGAACGUAUCAUUAUGGUAACUAUCGUGUAUUCUAUCUGUCACGUGUCCUGUCCAGACUCACUUACUCUCGCUCGCAGACAAUUAUUUGUAAACAGAAUAUCGUAUUUUAUUUAGCACGGUGUAAAUAUUUGUUACGCAACUCUGCGAACGACGCUACGUCUGUCUGGCGCUGCACUAAUAACGAUGUAUCGAAAUAUGUUUCUCUUAUAACAUUGUUUCAUAUUAAGUAAAUUGUUAAUCUGGAACGUCUGUUGAUUAUAUCUGUAAAUAUUUUAUCAUUAUUUUCUGUUCUAAAUUUAAAUUAAAACCCUUGUGAAAUAUGUGUGAAAUAAAAAAUCUUGUAAUAUAUUUA